AUGUCCAAACCUAGUGGAGGCUAUUUCCAGUUACCCAACUCUGAUACAGACGACACAGAGGACGUGGUAGAGCUCAAGUCCCCGCCGUCUCCGUCUCGCGAUCGCGAUGACGCGCACCCGAGUUUCAGCGAAUCAACCACGCGACAGACAUUUCUCCGCCGUUAUUGGCCCACUCUAGUCGGCCUCGCGUUCUUCUGCGCCUCGCUCGUGCUCUUCAACUCGGCCCUCCGCAUACCACCAGACGCUCAAUGCGCGAAACAGCUGUCGGCGUACUCUCCUGCGAUAGAAGCGGUGGAAUAUCGCGAUGUUGUCUUCAACGGCUCCCUGCGUCACCCUUCCGAGUUCCGAGGGACCCCCAGUCCAGCGGUCGAUGCUGCGUGGGACAGAAUAAGCGACCUCAGACCAUUGCGCAUAUUCGAGGAUGACCUCGCGAAGAUCGGCAAGGAGCCCAAACCGUCGCUCGCCAAGUACCACGCAGAACACGGCGGGGGCUACGUCGCGACGCUCGAGAUCGCGCACCACAUGCACUGUCUGAACAUGCUCCGCAAGAACACGUACUGGGACUACUACGCGCCCCUCGACGACAGCUACCAGCAGGAUCCCGCCUUCUACCGCGUGCACCUCGACCACUGCGUCGAACUCUUGCGGCAGAGCCUUAUGUGCACCGCGGACGUCGGGCUUAUCACCUUCAACUGGGUCGCGGACCACGGCAGGCCCUGGCCCGACUUCAGCACGCAGCAUCGGUGCAGGAACUACGACGGGAUCGUCGACUGGAACCAGGAGCGGAGUGUUUGGAUCGGAGCGGCGAGUCUCACCCGGACGGAGGGAGUGGUUGACAUGCCGGAACCCAAGUCUUGA